UCUCUUUUCUCUCUCCCAUGUGAAAUAGGUUUCAUUUGUCCUAAAACUAACACCAAACACAAUCCCUUCCAACUAACCAAACUCCAUAACUCUUCUCUCUCUCUCUCUAAUUAAAAGUUAAACUUUUAAUUUUGAGAGAGAUCGUCUACAUCACCACCAAUGUCGUCGUCACCGCCGCCGGGGUCCGCCCCUGUAACACCGGCGCCCACCUCUCCACCCUCAACCAACACUACAUCCCCGCCACCAACUACUCCCGCCGCUCCACCACCUGCCACUCCUGCAUCUCCUCCUCCAGCCACUCCAGCUACGCCACCACCUGCCACUCCAGCUGCACCCCCACCCACCACUCCCGCAUCUCCACCACCACCAACCACUCCAGCCGCUACUCCACCCGCCGCCUCCUCACCUCCAACACCACCCUCCUCUACCCCCCCGCCUCCAUCCUCUACUACUCCAUCUCCUCCUCCACCGUCAAAUCCUUCGGGUGGAAACUCACCCCCGCCUCCAAGAAGUUCGGGGACACCGCCGCCGCCGACUGCUCGCAGUCCACCGCCUCCACCUAGUUCGUCGUCUUCUAGUGGUGGUGGUGGGAUAAGUACUGGGUUAGUGGUGGGGUUAGCGAUAGGAGGACUGGCUAUACUUGUGGUGGUCAGCUUGUUGUUUCUUUGUUGUUGUAAGAGGAAGAAGAGGAGAGAUGAUGAGGCUGGUUACUAUAUGCCUCCACCACCUCCUGGCCCUAAAGUUGACCCUUAUGGUGGCCAGCAGCAUCAGUGGCAGCAUAAUGUCCCUCCGCCUGCUGCUCAUGUUGUCACAACGAUGCCAAAACCCUCUCCUCCACCUCCAGUUGCAUCACGUCCACCACACUCACCAGUUCAUUCUCCUUCUCCUCAGCCGCCGCCACCACCACCUUUCAUGAGCAGUAGUGGAGGCUCUGGCUCCAAUUACUCAGGGCCUGACAAUUCACUCCCACCACCUUCACCAGGCAUUUCUUUAGGUUUCUCAAAGAGCACAUUUACAUAUGAGGAAUUAUCAAGGGCAACUGAUGGCUUCUCAGAUGCCAACCUCCUUGGACAAGGUGGUUUUGGGUAUGUACACAAAGGAGUCUUACCUAAUGGAAAAGAAGUGGCAAUCAAGCAACUGAAAGCUGGAAGUGGGCAGGGAGAACGUGAAUUUCAGGCAGAAGUUGAAAUUAUCAGCCGAGUACAUCACAAACAUCUUGUUUCCUUGGUUGGCUACUGUAUGGCUGGGUCACAAAGAAUGCUUGUUUAUGAGUUUGUUCCAAAUAACACUUUGGAGUUUCACUUACAUGGAAAGGGGCGACCGACCAUGGAUUGGCCCACCAGACUGAAAAUUUCUUUAGGUUCUGCCAAAGGAUUGGCAUAUCUUCAUGAAGAUUGUCAUCCUAAGAUUAUUCAUCGUGAUAUUAAGGCAGCUAACAUACUUCUGGAUUUCAAGUUUGAGGCAAAGGUGGCAGAUUUUGGACUGGCAAAAUUCUCUUCUGAUCUCAAUACACAUGUCUCCACAAGAGUAAUGGGUACAUUUGGUUACUUGGCUCCAGAGUAUGCUUCAAGUGGAAAACUCACAGAGAAAUCAGAUAUUUUCUCCUUUGGGGUCAUGCUUUUGGAAUUGAUUACUGGACGCCGACCUGUUGACUCAAGCCAUUCUUACAUGGAAGAUAGUUUGGUUGACUGGGCAAGGCCUGUGCUUAACCGAGCUCUGGAAGAUGGAAACUUUGACAGUCUGGCUGAUCCAAGGCUGCAAAAUGAUUAUGACCACAACGAGAUGGCUAGGAUGGUUGCUUGUGCAGCCGCUUGUGUGCGUCAUUCAGCACGUCGCCGGCCAAGAACGAGCCAGAUAGUCCGUGCUUUGGAAGGAGAUGUGUCUCUAUCUGAUCUUAAUGAAGGAAUUAGACCUGGACACAGCAAUAUUUACAGUUCUUACGGAAGUUCAGACUAUGAUACGAUGCAAUACAAUGAAGACUUGAAAAAAUUCAGGAAGAUGGCAUUGAACAGCCAGGAGUAUGGAGCAAGUAGUGAGUACAGUGCACCUACAAGUGAAUAUGGAUUAUACCCUUCUGGCUCAAGCGGUGAAAACACGCGAGAAAUGGAGAUGGGAAGGAUGAAGAAAAACAGUCAAGGUUUCACUGGAAGCUCUUAACAACCGAUGUUCCAAUUUUUUUUUUCUGUAAAGUCACAGGCCCCCUUUUUUUUAAUUGCAAGAAUGCUGUUCUGCA